AACCGACCUGGAACGAAAAUUGACCGACUCUGAGCGUACCAACAUAACCCCCCUGUUGCUCCGUUUCAUGAGCUGCUUUUAGCACCGUCUUUCUUUGCCUCUCUCUCUCUCUCUCUCUCUCUCUCUCUCUGUACCUCCAUUACCUUUGUUUUUAUUCUUCCUUUCAAAAUUUUUCACAAACAAACAAAGGAAAUGGAGCAAUAUUAUGGCUGUUUAUGAAGGAGAAACGGGUUGAGUACAACGCAGAGGGAAUUUUACAAGAAAAGGGAAAGUUCAAGAAUGGUUAAAGGCUUUUUGUUACAUUGGAUUUAGCCGAGGAUUGUGAUAAGACUAGCAGAUUUAUUUUAGUAAUUUUUUUGUUUACUUUGGGAACAUAAAUGUCUGAAUUGGUGGCUCGGACUGGUCGGCAUCAGCAGCGAUAUGAGGCUGGUUAUCGCCUUAUCGCCGGGUGUAUUCCAUUUAGGUUCAGAAAUAUGGAAGAAAAUGGUGGUGAGACGGCUGAGAAGAUAGUUGAAGUACUGAUGAUAAACUCGACAAGUGGGCCUGGUCUUCUGUUCCCAAAGGGUGGUUGGGAAAAUGAUGAAUCUGUCGAGGAUGCAGCUAUUCGUGAAGCUAUAGAGGAAGCUGGAGUUCGAGGGGAUCUAGUGCACUUUCUGGGGUUAAGAUUCUAUACAUUUGUAUUUUUGCAGCACUUUCUGGGGUAUUACUUGUUUAAAAGCAAAACACUUCAAGACAAGUAUAGUCCAGAAGGAUUGUGUAGAGCUGCCAUGUUUGCGCUGUUGGUAAAAGAAGAGCUUGAAUGCUGGCCCGAACAGAGGCUUCGCAGAAGAAGUUGGCUGACAAUUCCAGAAGCAAUUCAAUGUUGCCGGCACCCAUGGAUGCGACAGGCUCUCGAGGAAAGAUUUUCGAAGUGGCAUGACAGUGGUAUGGCAAGCACAAUGAAUAACGAGGACUAGUUUACUCCAUCUUCGGACCAAAGCAAAAGAUUUUUUUUUUCUGUGAACUUCAUACAGAGAAGACACCAAUCCUUAAGCUGGAUGGUGUGUAAUGCCUCAAUUUCAUUUUAGGACUAGGAACUAAGAUAAUCCGCAAAUAGCUGUUUUAGAUGUUGAACCGUAUUUUAGUGAUUUCUCAUUGGUUCCUAGCUUUCCUUGAUUGAAUAGACUUGAAGGUGAAUUGGAGAGAACAGACAAGAAAUCUUCUUCAUUAUUUCUAACUAACUACAUUUGGUUCGACAACCUUGUUGUGGAUUAACCAAAUUAGUCAGUUUAACAAAUGCUUUACUUUGUAUUAUUGUAAUUAUACAUUGCUAUUUCUCGUUU